GAAGUAAAAAGUUCAGUUGGGUUUUGAAACAGUAUCUUUAUUUUGUUUUUGUUUCUUUUAUUUAUUUAUUUAUUUAUAGCAGUCUCUCAAUUAACAGUCUGAAAGAUUUGAUCACAUAGUAAUGAUCUGUCUUUGAAAGCAGUAUAUAUCUAUUUUUGGAAUUCGAAAAUGGAGACGUCAAUAUUAACUCCAACACAGAAAUACGCAGCGGCAGCUCUCUUCUCUCUGGCACUUCACCAGUCUCAAGUUCACCAAACGCGGCCUUCGAAUUCUCUUAAGCCUCUCAACGAAGAAGCAAUUGAAGGAGUAAUAACCUUUAGCGAUAAAUUCUCUGUUUCCGAUAAUCCUCACCUUUGGAUCCAUGAAAACUCUGGCUUGCUUUUGCCUAUCCUCCGAUUGCUUGGCGUUGAUGAUCAAGCUUGGGAUGGACUCAAGGAAACAGCUGGUUCUUCUUCGCAAGUCAGACAUCAUAUUGGCGCGUUCUUGAAAUUACUGUCAGAGGAAAGUGAGGGAACUUGUUCAGAAAGAUCAGAUAGGGAGAUUGCUUUAACAAAUACUGUUAAUGCUACCGCUCUUACCUUGGAGAACUCUACUGCUUCUCCUGAGGAGACUGGUAGGAACCUGGAAAUUUUGAGAUUGAAAAACAUGAAAAUUUGGAGAUAUAUUGCUAACACUGAGAUGGAAUUCAUGUGUGCGGCUACAGAAAAUCAUCAAACAACACAAAAUGGAAGUUCUGAGAAAGCCAUUGAAGAGAGAAAAUUACUCAGCUACCAGAGGAAAGUAACAGUUCUUUACGAACUUCUUUCAGCUUGUAUCAUAGACAAUGAUGAUGAAUUAGGUGAACAAAAAGACUUCAAGCAAAAAAAGGGUUAUGAUGCUCGUCACCGUGUGGCUUUGCGGUUGCUGGCUACAUGGCUCAACGUUGAAUGGACAGAAAUGGAAGCUAUGGAGAUAAUGGCUGCUUUCUCUUUAAUGGAUCUAGUGAGAAAGGAAGGUGCAGAGGAAGAUAAAAAGGUAAUUGCAGAGAGCACUUUGGAUAAGGUGAAGCGUGGAGGUGUCGUUGCUGCAGCCGCUUUAAGUGGAGGAACCGUGAUGGCCCUGACUGGCGCCCUUGCUGCCCCAGCAAUUGCAGGGGGAUUGGGUGCUCUGGCUCCUACAUUGGGUAGUGCAUUUGCUGCUGGUGCUAGUGCUAUAGGAUCUUUUGCUGGUUCUGUUGCCGUUGCUGCAUCAUUUGGAGCUGCCGGAGCUGGCCUUACAGGGACUAAAAUGGCAAGAAGAGUUGGCAGCCUUGAUGAAUUUGAGUUCAACCAAAUUGGGGAAAAUCGUAAUGAAGGCCGGCUAGCAGUUGCGAUACUGAUCUCUGGACUUGUCUUUAAAGAUGAAGAUUUUGUAGUGCCAUGGGAAGGUCAAAUUACUAACUUGGAGAGGUAUGCUCUGCGGUGGGAGUCUAACAAUUUGAGUGCACUGAGCACUGCAAUAAGGGACUGGCUUGCUUCACGAAUUGCUAUGCAGCUAAUGACAGAAGGUGCCAUGUUGACUGCACUAAGCGGUCUUUUAACAGCAUUGGCUUUCCCUGCAGCACUAUUGGCUGCAACUGAUGUCAUCGACAGCAAAUGGGCAAUUGCAAUUGACAGAUCUGAUAAAGCUGGAAAGCUGCUUGCUGAAGUAUUGCUGAAGGGACUGCAAGGGAAUAGACCUGUAACUCUCAUAGGGUUCUCACUGGGGGCCCGAGUAAUUUUCAAAUGUCUCCAGUGUUUAGCUGAAACGCAAGGAGAUAAUGGGGGAAUUGUGGAGAGGGUUGUUCUUCUUGGAGCACCAAUUUCAAUUAACAAUGAAAAAUGGGAAGAUGUCAGGAAGAUGGUUUCCGGUAGACUUAUCAAUGCUUAUUCUACAAAUGAUUGGACUCUUGGAAUUGCUUUUCGUGCCAAUCUACUUUCUCAAGGAUUAGCGGGAAUUCAACCUGUUGAUAUUCCAGGAAUUGAGAAUGUUGAUGUAACCGAAUAUAUAGAAAGUCAUGCUUCAUAUGUUUGUAAGACGAAAGAAAUUCUGGAUCAACUUGAGCUGGAGAGUUACUACCCUGAUUUCAAGAACGCACACCCCAAACCCCGCGAAGAGAAAACCUCUGGAACUUAGUUCUCUUCGGUUUACUGGACUCCUUUUUGUUCACUUUAUUUCCAUUGACAAGGCGAUCUUAUUUCUAAAACUGCAAGAUGAAGAAAAUGGAAAAGAGGCUUAUCAGUUUGGACAAGUAGCUAAGAGCUAGAAUGGUAUAGACCGUAGACUUUAUCAAUAGAGAAGUCUGACGCAGUUUCUUUUUCCUUUUCUUAUGUUUGUCUAAAUGCUUAUUGGUUAGUAAAAUGAAGAAAACUUGGGUUUUAGACUUCAGUCUCAGAAAUUAUAAGGACUUAAGGUUGAGUUUGGUUCAAGUUCUUUUUGCUUGUUGAUUCUAAAGUACUCUGUAAACAUCUUGAUUU